AUGAGUCACGGCUCAACCAGCUCCGGAAGCCUGUUCAAAGACGGCGCAAUCGAUCUGAUAGCUGGCACCCUAGGUUGGUACCAUAGAACAGGUUUCAGAGGCACAAAGUGUUCUUCUUCCGAACUUUGUCAGAAACAUGUAUAUCCAUAGUGUGAAAUAAUACAUUUGAAAUACGUGGAAAGUUAUAGCUUUGGUUUUUUUACGCAAAAAAAAAAAGGAAAACCGACUUUCGGUUUUUGUUCCUAUUUGCCUUAAUUCCUUUAUUGUCAGGUGGCGUGGCGAACGUGUACGCCGGCCAACCUCUGGACACAGUCAAAGUAAAAGUUCAAACGUUUCCGCACCUCUACAACAACUGGGUGACAUGUCUCAAAGACACCUACCGACUCGACGGCGUCAGAGGACUUUAUGCAGGUGUCCUUCUCAGUUGAAAGCGUUACGAAUCGCCAGUUUAGUUCAUUGAAACGUAAAACUUUCUCGAUUUAUCUAAUCGAAAAGUUUCGCAGAUCUAUCUAAUUUCUUUGAUGCUCCUCCUAAUUUCUUUGAUCAAAUUGGUAAGAGAUCAUCAAUGUGAACCAUAAGUAUAGUUUUUUCGUAUGUGUGGCUCAUCAUUUUUUAAUGUACCUUUUGGAGGGACUCUUCCUGCGUUGGCCGCUAACGUCGCGGAAAACGCCGUUCUUUUCACUGCCUAUGGUUACUGUCAAAAAGUUUUUUCGUUCUAUAAAACGAAGCAAAAUUCUUUCUCCAGUUGGUUGGAGUAGCUGCCGGCCGGUCGGACGUCUCGAAUAUGACGCCCUUAGAAAACGCCUUCUCAGGCUCUCUGGCGGCGGUUUUUGCAGCGGCUGUGCUCUGCCCUACAGAACUCGUCAAGUGUCGCUUGCAAGCAGCUAGGGAGAUGAAACAGAAGUGGUGGGUUGGAUGGUCGUUGCUUGACCAUUUAAUGAGAAAUUGUGGUUAAGCACACCGGCAUCUGUUUGUCGGGACAUGUACCGGGAAAAAGGCCUCCGAGGUUUUUUCGUUGGAAUGACGCCCACUUUGGCUCGUGAGGUUUUUACAUUGGAUGCUUCUGUUCAUUUUUUUUGAGGUCACUUUUCAUUUUAAAGGUUCCCGGGUAUUUUUGUUUCUUUGGCGCCUACGAGACGUGUAGAUACCUAUUGGCAAGCGAAGAUCAAAGCAAGGAAGAAAUAGGUUAGUUUUUUGAGGUCUUUUUCGCUAUUUAAUUAUUUUCAGGCCUUUUCAAGACGGCUUUGUCCGGCUCGGUAGGUGGAAUGGCUUUAUGGACAUCAAUCUUUCCCGCCGACGUUGUAAAGUCGCGGAUGCAAGUGUCCGGUGGCGGCUCUUUUGGCCGUAUUAUUGUAGAAAUAGUCAGAAACGAAGGUUAGCUUUUUUUUUGAGUUUAAGGGAAUUCAUCAACUCUAAAAAAAAUUUUCUCACUUUUUUUUCAAAGAAAUAAGUUGAGAAAUAAGAUUUAAGUAGGCGGAGAGGAAAAAGUUUAAAAAAAUUUUUCUUAUGAUUGCUUUUGUUUCUGUAGUUCGACAUUUUUCAUUUGAGGUCUUCGCGGUUUGUACAAAGGCCUGCUGCCCACAAAUAUUCGAACCUGUUUUGCCUCUGGAUGUCUGUUUGUGGCCUAUGAAGAGUCGCGCAAGUUUAUGCACAUGAUAUUCUAAACAUCCGUCUCCGUAUUGCUGAUUUCGUUAGGUUCUUCUCUCUUCCGAGCCAUAGCUUUCAUUGUGCCUUGUUGUUUUGUUCGCAAAUUGUCAGGUUUCAGUUUCCAGAAAGUUAUAAACGUUUUUUCUUUUUUCGAAUAUGAUGUUCAACAAAUUUCGCGUUCAUCGCUGGAGUACUGUAAAACUUUUGAAUAUUUGUUCGAAUGGAGUGUAUUUCAUUUGUUUAAAUUGAAGGUAGUGAUAGGGUUGUGUAUGUUAGCCGCCUUCCAGAAGAACUUCUCGAACAGAUACUCUUUUUUUCUGAUCAGCCGCGUUUUCAGUUCAAGCGUCAAGCCGGAGUUUUUCAAGGUAAAACAUGUUAUAACCUUCUCAGACAUGGCAUCGCGAAACGGAAUGCUCCGGACGUUUCUGGGCAAUCCUAAGGAUCACUUAAAAGGGCUGAAGCUACUAAAAAUGGCCACUAAUAAUGCCCAGAAACGUCCGGAGCACGUCUGUUCUGCGUUAGCAAUGUCUUUUUUUUCUUCGAAGUGUAUAAAUGAUGAGACCUAGAAUGUAGUUUAUGAAGGAAGUGAACUUUGUCAAGAGAAUAGUUUAUUUUUAAAAAUCCUCUACAAUGAAAUCCGCCACCGAUCAAUUGGAAAGAAAGUUACUCAUAUUUUAAUUUUUUUUUAAAUCUGUUUGGUCCUGGUCCUUUUUUGCAGGCAAUAAAUCCUCUUCUUUAAAAGUUACGCGCGAAAGUUUAAUUUAAAACAAACGUAUCACGCCACUACUGAAACUAGCGUCACUGCCCGUUUUUUACGGCUUGCUCUGAACUCAUUCCGUGUUCAAAGUAAUUUACCGAAUUUCGAAAUGAUCUAUAAUCGCUGAAUCUAAAAAGUUUUUGCUGUUUUCUUUACACUCUAUAACGAUCAUUUCUAUUUUUCCAAGAUCAUAUCGAACGUGUAUAGUGCAAAGAUGCGUGAACCUCUACUUUUUACACUGUGAGUGAACAGAACUUUUUUUCAAUUUCAUGCAAGCAAAAUUUCACCGAAAUUGGUUUUCAGGUGAAAAUAGGAAUAGAAAACUUGCUAUUAUAAAACUUAUAAGACUGCUUCUGCGAAUAAAGUUUGUUAGUUUUUUGCUAAAAAAAGCCAUAUCAACGUCAUUUUUAAUUCAUUUCAGCUCGUUUCUAAAUCAAGUGCUUUAUAUAUACCUUAUUGUUCACGGUUUGAUUGAAAUGUGAAAAGUCCGUUUUUUUUUCCUUUUGUGAAGCUGUGCAAACAUCAAGUAAACAAAUGUUAGUUUUGCUUGUUUUCUUUUGUUGGAUUUUAACAAAGUUCGAUGUGCAUGUUUUGCUUCUUUCAUUCUUUCGGGAAAACUAGGUCAUUUUUUCGCGCCAGUUAAGGUCAGAGAGAGAGAAUUCCUUUACGGCGUACGCCGCAGUCUCGAUUUUCCUUGUUACUUGAAACGAAAAUAAUGCAGCUUUUUUUUAUCUGCUUUAUUGAAUGUAUACAGUGCGCGUCAUAAGUAUAGCCCCCUCCCCUAAUUUGCACAUUUAUAGAAGUUAGGAAGAAGUUGAGGAUAUCUUGUCAGCGUGCGAUUGUUGAGUGCACGAAAAGAACUUACUCUGCAAAAGAUCUCAAAUGAACUCGAGUCUAUACGGGAACGCGAGCGAAAAACCGCAAAAACACGUCGCGUCAAAAGUAUAGGACCCCCCUCCAAAAAGCUCAUUUUCUUGAUUUUUCUUUUUUGGCUCUGUGAUAAUUCAGAAAAGUUUUAAUUUCUCAUAUUCAUAAAGGUACAUCUUAUCUGCUAAACUAGUUUGAACUAUUCCAGAAAUAGGCGCAUUAGAAAUAUUUCACGAGAAGCGGUUAAAGUUGCUCAUUCCGCGUUUUAGAGGCUACUGAAGCGCUGUCCCACGAUGAAUUUUCACGAAAUUUUGCAGGUUAAUUGCUACACGUCCUCUGCUCAAACUGUGAAAAAAUCAUCUUUGGUUCUGCUUGAUAUGAGGACCGAACGAGGGAAAAACUGAAAAUUACCUUUUUUCGCAAAAUUCUCUGUAGAAAUUGGUCGGCUUUAGAAACUUGAUGGAAAAACAGAGAUACUAGGUUGAAAAAAUUCGGAAGAGUUUUGAAAGUGAUGAGAAGUAGGGGAAAAUGUUUUUGAGCAAAAAUUGAUACGUUUUAUUUUAAAAGCGACCAUUAACGGUCAAAACCUGAAAUUUUUGACUUCUACAGUCACUGCGGAACAUUUGAUGAAGUAUUUGCAACUCAAACAAGUCGCUGCGUUAUAUUGUAUCCAUAUUGAUGUACAGAAGCAAAAAUAGAAAUCAUUCCUCCCAAUUCGGGCAUGAAAAAUCAAGAAAAUGAGCAUUUUGGAGGGGGGUCCUAUACUUUUGACGCGACGUGGUUUUGGGGUUUUUUCGCUCGCGUUUCCGUAUAGACUCAAGUUAAUCCGAUCUUUUGCAGAGUAAGUUCUUUUCGUGCACUCAACAAUCUUACGCUGACAGAAUAUCAUCAUCUUCUUUCUAACUUCUAGAAAUGUGCGAUUUAGGGGGGUUCCUAUACUUAUACCUGCUUUUUACAAAUAAGGAAUCUUUGAAAAAAAGUCAGAUUGCGUCAAUAUUAUGAAAUAGACUAUUGCAACUUCUCGAAAAAAAUUUACAUGGUUAAGUCUUAAUCUUUACGAAAAAAAAAUUCAAGUUCUUAAUAGUUUAUUACUAUAUCUUAUCGACGUCACAUGUCGGUAAAAUGAUAUUACAUUGACGGAUUAAAAAGCUUUUCGAAUACUUUCAAAAUUUAAUAAAUUCAUCCUACAAAAAUUUAUGAAAAAUUUUUAAAACGUAUCAAUUUUUAAAAACUCGUUCAUAGGGGGAGUCGGAGAAUCGAAAAGGGCUUCAAAAAAAUGUUCGUUUUGGGUGACAAAUGCUCCCUUUUUGUUACCUUUUUGCGCCAUUACACCGGCUCUCAUGCACCAUUUCUGCUGCCUCUUCUUCUUCCACCAUUCCUUGAGCUUCAAAAAACCAAAAAAAAAAAAAUGAAAGGCUCUAUAUAUAGAAAAAGAUUCUUUUUGCUGUCUUUCUGCCGCUUUUUGAGCUUUUCCCUUUUAUCGACCAAUCCGCCAUUCCGACAUUGUCCGAGUUUUCUAAUUGAAAAAUUUUUUUUUAAAAGUCAAAAUUUCUAUGAAUUUCAUUGGAAUUUUGACUUUUUAAAACCUUUUUAUUUUUUGAUAAGAAGUUUUUUCAUACGAAUCCCUUUAAAAAGACGCUGUGAAUAUGUUGAACUUUUCACUUUUGGUUAUUGUACUUCGUGUGAAUUUCAGAUCCGUUUUUCACAAAAUUUUAUUUCCAGGUCGAGGUUGUGACGAAUAACCACAGAGUUGGCCGAAAAAAAGUUGUGCAAGAACGAUUUACAAAGCAGUUCCGGCACCGAGUUUCGGAUUAUUUGAAAGCAAUGUCUUGUCCUGAAAUCGAGGAAGUUCUCUUUUUCAAAUUAUUCUUUUAAUUGAUGUUUGUCAGAAAUUGGCGCCACUUCGCGCAGCUGUCAAGGAGUGUGGAGAUUUGGUUAGAGAUCUAAAGGUAUCUAGUUUUCAAAUUUUCCUUUUAACUCAACUCAAAUCCAGGGAAAAGGGGCUGCUAAAAUUGAUAUCGACAAAGCCGUUGUGGAGUUGAAAGCUCGAAAAAAGAAGCUUGAAGAAACGGUGCUUCGUUCAAUUUUUCUGUUAAUAAUUGGGGAAUUCAGGAAAUAGCUCUUGCUCCAAAAGAAGCGUCUUUUGACAGGUUAAAACUUGAAGAUCUUCUGAAGCGUCGUUUCUUCUAUGAUCAAUCAUUCGCGAUUUAUGGUGGAGUAACUGGAUUGUAAGCCCUGGUCCUCUCUUUUUGUCUGUACGCUCAGUUCAGGUAUGACUUUGGGCCGAUGGGAUGUGCCCUCAAGUCGAACAUGCUUCAAGUUUUUGACAGCGUUUCCGAACAGUCGAAAAAAGUUUUUUAAGGAAUGGCGGAAGCAUUUCAUCCUCGAAGAGGGAAUGCUUGAAGUCGACUGCACUUCCUUGACGCCGGAACCUGUGCUGAAGGCGUCAGGCCACGUCGACCGAUUUGCCGACUGGAUGGUGAAGGACACCAAAAACGGCGAAUGCUUCCGCGCCGAUCAUCUUAUCAAAAACAGCGUUGAAAAACUGCUUCAGGCAUAAUUUUAGAAAAGAAACUUUUCAAUUUGUUGCGUUUAGGAUAAAAAGACGAGCUCAGAAACUCGGGAUCAACUGCAGGAUGUACUCGCUAGGUUAGAAGGUUUCGAUGACAAGGAUAUGCACGAGGUAUGAUUCUAAAACCAUGGCCUUAAGAGGGUGAGUAUGAGUUGGCGAAGAUCAUGUGCGGAAUUCGUCUUUUUCUUAAUAGCGCGAAAAAAUGUUUACGAGUAUAUCAUAUUUUCAAAUGUGCUGAUCAAUAAUGUAAUCUUACACAGGUGAUAUCUCGCUUCAACUUCAAGUCUCCCAUUACCGGAAACGAUUUGACUGCUCCUAUCGCAUUCAACUUGAUGUUCCCCACACAAAUUGGGCCUACGGGGGAUUUCAAAGUGAAAAAAAAUCAAUCUCUUUCCUAAAUCUCACUCUUUCAGGCUUUCCUGCGGCCAGAAACAGCACAGGGAAUUUUCGUUAACUUCAAGAGGCUGCUUGAGUUUAACCAGGUUUUGUGAGCUUUACUGAUUGUGAUGAAACGAGAAUUUCAGGGAAAGCUUCCAUUUGCCGCUGCUCAAAUCGGAACUGGCUUCAGGAACGAAAUUUCGCCCCGCCAAGGGCUUAUCAGAGUACGCGAGUUCACCAUGUGUGAAAUUGAGCACUUUGUCGAUCCCGAAGACAAAAAAUUGGCGAAAUUCUCCAAGGUGUGUGGCCUGACAUGAGUUUCGAAUUUCUGAUUUUUGAGGUGGCUAAUGAGCGCCUUACUCUUUUCUCAGCUUGCAACCAAAUGGACGGUCAACCUGCUCAGCAAAUGGCCAUCGGCGAAGCUGUUCAAAAGGUUUUUCAAAAUUUCUAGUUGGAAAAUAGAAUUUUUUCAGAAAGUUGUGGCGAAUGAAACACUCGGAUAUUACAUGGCUAGAUGCCAACAAUACCUUCACAAAGUCGGAAUUGAUCCUCGCCGAAUGCGUUUCAGACAGCAUCUUUCCAAUGAAAUGGCCCACUAUGCUCAGGUUUUUAGCUUUUCAAACUUGACAAGAAAUGAGCUUUUUUUGCGCGAGUAGCGUAGUUCAAAUUUUUCCUCAGCUUAAUUUUACUGAUUUUUUUCUCAGCGUGGAGUUUUAGGACUGUUGGGACGCUGAGAUCUUGACAUCGUAUGGAUGGAUUGAAUGCGUCGGAAACGCGGAUCGCGCUUGUUACGACCUUCAACAACAUUAUAAGGCAACCAAUGUCAAGGUUUUUUUUUCCACGGCUUUCAGCAACGACAAAGGUUUUCAGCUCACUGCCGAGAAAAAAUUGCCGGCUCCGCGUAACGUGAGCGUUGUGGAGCCUCAGCCGAACAUGGCGUUGUUAGGAAAAUCUUUCAAGAAAGACGCCAAGAAGGUUUUGCUCACUUUUGGGAAAACUUUCUACUGCUCUUUUCGUAGAUUCAAGCAGCGCUGUCUUCCCUUCCUGAAGAAGAAGUCGUGGCAAUGAAGAAAGAGCUGCAAGAAAACAAGUUUUAAAUUCUCUUUCAAAUUUUUCAGAUUUUAACUUUUUUAGGAAAUACGAACUAAAAGUGGAUAGCGAGUCGUUCACACUUACACCAGAGACUGUUGCAGUCAAACGUUUCGAGAAAACUGUAAUUUUAUUCUCUUUUCUUUUUUUGAUUCAACUUCCUUCAGGUGCAUGUCGAAGAAAUCACGCCUUCGGUGAUCGAACCAUCCUACGGCAUCGGUCGUAUCAUGUACUCUCUGUUGGAACAUUCGUUCCGUCAACGCGAAGGCGAUGAACAACGCACCGUCAGUUCUACAGUCUUAUUUUUUCUUUUUCUGAUAUCUUUUAGGAUUUUAAGACUACCAAUUAUUAUUGAUUCAUGAAUUCCCUUUUAAGAUAAGCUUUCCGUUUCACGCUUUGUGCUAGUUAUUGUGUUUCAGUUCCUCUCGCUGAAACCUUUGGUGGCACCGAUCAAGUGUUCGGUGCUGCCGAUCUCCGCCAACGAAAAGUUGUCGGUUAUCAUCGAGGCGGUGAAGGAAGAGCUGGCCAAGCACGACAUGAGUUUCAAAGUCGACGACAGCUCUGGAUCGAUCGGCCGCCGCUACGCGAGAACUGACGAAAUCGGAAUUCCUUUUGGCGUGACCGUCGACUUCGAAUCCGAGGCCAAGCCAUGGACAGUGACUCUCCGCCAUGCCGAAUCCAUGGCUCAAGUCAGGCUCGAGGUCGUUAACUUGUGAUAAUAUUGCAUAGCUGUCACUUCUGACCAUGAACUGAACAAAGCAUUUUAGCUUUCGGAACUCGGCCGCGUCGUGUCGGAUUUGGUUAGCAAUCGCCUCACUUGGAGCGAUGUCCAGGAUAAAUACCCGAAAUUCGAAACAAAGGCGGAAUAG